GAGCCCAAUGAGAUGGCGAAUCUCCCUCCCAUCCGCCGCCAUUACAUCGGUGUGCGUGCUGGGCAGCCCUGUGUGUGUAUGUGAGUGACUGUGAUAGCGGCAGCGAGACGUCUCACACACAUUGGGAGCUUCUCUCUCUCUCUCUCUCUCACACACACACACACGAAAAUAAUAGUGAAGACACGGAGAGAUAAAAACACUGCCUGGGAACAAAGCGACACACACCGACAGGAGCCCGCUGGCUAGUACUACUAUCGCUAUUUUUGGAGUCAUGUAAUAUCCCCGCUGUGUUUAUUUAUUUUGUACAUUUUUUUUUUCCAGGGGAUUUUCUUGUUUUUGUUGUGGGUUGGAGACCUCGCGAGUCCAUCGUUGGUGUGUGUGUGUUUAUUUUACAUUAAACAAAUACAUAUGGAAAUAUGUCCCAGACUGGCGUCAUUAUCGCUAGUAUUAAGUAAUUGUUAUUACCCCCCAUCCUCGUCGUGCUUUAGGGGUUAUUGUUAAUUUCUGGGUUCCUGAGGCGCUGGAGGACGUUUCGUCAUGGUGAAUUGAAAGGAAGGAAGGCUUUUUUUUUAACCUCGUCUGGUUUUUUUUUUUUGCCUUUCUCCUGAUGUAGACUAACAAGACUUUUUUGGGAGGAAAAAAAGAAAGAAACAGAAACUGGAAUACAUUUUUGGAGGGAGCUGGGGUUAUUUUUCUGGAACUGAACCAGAGAAACAAAAGCUUCCACAUUCGUGUUUCUCACUGUUUAUUUAUUGGAAAGUGAAACAAUGAUGAAAACAUUUCUCCUUAGCAUCUAACUGCUACGGCAUGGUGGCUGUGAACAAAAAAAAAACCUAUAAAUAACUAAUAAUAUCCGCAAAAACUAAUCGGAACUGAGAUAACCGGGUAUCGGUAUCGAGAUAUUUUUUUAUUUGUUUUAUAGUUUUUAUUUAUUUACAACAUCAAAACAGUUUUUUCUUGCCGCAAGAAAGAACAGGACCUGUCUUUUUUUAAUCGAGCUGAGGUUCAUAUUGUUAAAUCAGCACACAUCUGGGGAUUCCGGGAGUAUUAUAUUGCACACCUUUUGCAAUUUACUGUUUCAGUCCAGCCUUUUGUUUUAUCAUUGAAAAAUACCCUCAAUAUUUAGGACGAACUGGGAGAUCAGAAUAGUUUAUGAAUGGAGUUAUGAACACAAACUAUUUGAAUUUAUUACUGAUCAAUUCCGGAUUUGUUCUUUUGGUCUAUUGUAAUCCAACUCGUCUAGCUACGGCUUGGGGAUUUACUGUUAUUUAAUCAAACCGGCACAAGAUGGACCUGUUUUGGACGGAAAUACACACUGGCUGCCUGUACGAAUACGGUACUGAAACACGGCACUUUUUGUUUUGAAUCGGUUCGGAUCUGGACCUCCACAACCAGAUAUUAGGAACCUCAGGAAACUCAUUUUGGAUUUACAAAUAUAGUUAGUUUUACUAGUUCUUUUGACACCGGUAUUGAUUUAUAAUACCAGUCAAUUUUGGAUUAUCUUCACCACGAUUUGGGUUCGGUCGCGCAUUUCUGCGUGCUUGUUGUGGAUAUUACUUAUUGUAGAAUUUGAUAUUCGUGGUGUGAGUGACCCGAUUCGGCUCGGCUCGGUCUCAGUACCGGUCCCGGAUUCCGUCAUGCCCAGCUCUGGCGAGCCGCUUCGCGGAGGAUCAUGACUGCUGCAGCGAAUUGGGUGGCUAACGGGGCGAGCCUUGAGGACUGCCAUUCCAACCUCUUUUCUCUGGCAGAGCUGACCGGUAUCAAAUGGCGUCGGUACAGUUUCCAUGGGAACGGGGAGUGCGGCCCGGUGAUCUCGGCGCCCGCCCAGGACGACCCCAUCCUGCGCAGCUUCACACGCUGUGUCCACGCCAACCUGCUCUGCGUGUGGCGCCGCGAUGUCAAACCCGACGCCAAGGAGCUGUGGAUCUUCUGGUGGGGGGAGGACCCCAACCUCACUGACAUCAUCCACCAUGAGCUGGAGGUGGCGGAGGAGGGGCUGUGGGAGAGUGGGCUGUCUUACGAGUGCAGGACGCUCCUCUUCAAAGCGAUCCAUAACCUGCUGGAGAGGUGCCUCAUGGACAAAAGCUUUGUGCGGAUUGGGAAAUGGUUUGUCAAGCCUUACGAGAAGGACGAGAAAACUGUGAAUAACAGUGAGCACCUGUCCUGCGCGUUCACAUUCUUCCUGCAUGGUGAAAGCAAUGUCUGCACAAGUGUGGAGAUUGCUCAGCACCAGCCAGUGUACCUGAUCAAUGAAGAGCACAUUACCAUCGCCCAGAGCAGAGCUGCUCCCUGCCAAGUGAUUCUGAGCCCCUAUGGGCUGAGCGGGACCCUCACUGGCCAGGCCUACAAGAUGUCUGACCCGGCGGCCCGCAAGCUGAUGGAGGAGUGGUGCUACUUCUACCCCAUGGUGCUGCGCAGGAGAGAGAGCGAGCGGGCCGACGGGGAGCCAGGGUACGACAACAGCAGCCACGUGGCGGUUGAGGUCAUUGUGGGUGGUGUGCGGAUGGUGUACCCCUCUGCCUUUGUGCUCAUUGCUCAGAGCGAGGUUCCUGUGGCUCAGCCCUCCACUAGCACAGGACUGCGGGACCCCACAGGCUGCAGCAUCCCCCUGACCCCCCCCAGCUCCCCGGAGCAGACCUGCACAGGUGACAGUGGGAUCCAGACAGCGAUCAGCAGCCUGCCAGGACAGGAGCCGGGCAUCGUGACCACCCCCAGCCCGAAGCAUUCGGGGAGAAAACUGGCCAACCAGACUGUUCAGCAGGUGUGGAAGGAGUGCUACCGGAACAGAACGCAGCACAAGAGGACCUUAUCUGGCAGCAAAACCCCCGAGGAGGAAGUGCCAGCGUGGGGCUUCACCGACCCUGUGGAGCGAGCGCCCUGCUGCUGUUCCAGACACAAACUACAGAAGCAGCGUCAAGCCACUGCAGUAGGCCGCACCCCCUUGAACCCUCAGCCAGGCUCCAACCCCACCCCUCCCGCUGCCCCCUCCCUCCCCCCUGCUGCGCCCUCCAAGCACAAGGCAGCCGACAAACCUGAGAAGAUAGACAAACAGCCCAAGAGACAGGCACUGAUCCCCUUCCACCAUCGCCCCCUCUUCUGUGAAGAGCUCUGCCUGGAUCAGGACCCCAGAGCUGGACCCAAGCUGGGACCAAUGGACCCCCCUACUGAGGUUCUCUCUGACCGCAAGUACUCCAAGCAGCUCCCCCCUCCCGGUAAAGCCCUCGAUUCCCCCCCGCACUCCCCGGCCUCCCCCCUGCCCCCCACCCUCAGCCCGCACCCUCGGGGGCAGGACUCGGAUGGGCGGGAGCCUGGUGUGGGGCUGCCCAUGUACCAGGAGCUGCUGCCAGGCCGCAAACUGCCUGAUCUGAGUGAGACGGCUUUGUAUGCACCCCCGCUGUGCUCCGGCGAGGAGGGAGGAGGCUGGUGGAGAGGCUACAAGACCCCUAACGCAGAGGACUCCGAGUUCAGAACCCCUGAACUGCUUCCUGACUGCGGAGAGUUCAAAAUGGAGGCUGUGACUGAGGGGGCCGCCCUGAAAAGGCUCUUCGCUCAGCCCCACAAGCGUUUCAAGAUGUGUGAGGAGCGUGUCCGUGAGCAGGUGCAGGCGGGGGCCGAGGGGCUGGGGGACCCCUGUGACCCCUACACCUUCGUGGAUGGAGAGAUCGAGUACAGCUUCACCGCCAGCAAGAGAGGAAGAGGGCAGAGCCAGGAGAGAGACCCCUGCAGGAAGACAAAGGCGGAAGAUGGCAACUCUACCCCAGUGCCCGAUGGGAAAGACGCUAUGUCAAUUUUUAGCUCUGCUCCUAAGUCAGAGGAGCCUCAGGAGGACAGCGCUGCAGCCAAAGCCAUCCUGAACCCCAGCCUGACCAGGGAGACCGACCUCGUGGUCCUCAUCUCUGACCUGGAGAACAUAUUCGACAACUCGGAUUCGGACGAGCUAGGGACCACCUCCCCAACACGCCGGUCCUUGAAGGCUGCCGUCUUGGGAUCUGAAGAUCGCCCCCUGGGGAAAGACGGUAGAACUGCAGUGCCAUAUCAUCCAACAGUGGCAGAUCUGCAGCGCAUGUUCCCCACGCCCCCCUCUCUGGAGCAGCACCCUGCCUUCUCUCCUGUCAUGACGUACCGGGACGCGCUGGGCUCGGAGCCUGCCAAUCUGGCCAGCAUGGAGACCCCCUUGAGCACGCUCGCCAGCGCCCCCAUCUCUGCCUUCAGGAUGGAGGUGGAGGAAAGCAUGGCCAGCCCCAAGCCGGAGGAGAUCAAGGACUUUUCCUUUGUGUUCCGGCCGCCCCAAGUGCAGCCCCUGAUUGGUUCGUCCAUGUUCGCCCCCCUGCGGACCCUCCCCAGCCAGUGCCUCCCCCCCCUCAAGAUCCCAGAGUCCUGCUGCUACCGGCCGCCCUGGUCCGUGCCCCCCAAGAUCGAACAGCUGCCCCUGACUCCACACGCCCCCUUCAGUCGAGACGGAUAUAUCAAUGUGCCUAGCGUGGGAAGCCUGAUGGAGCAGGACUACAUUCAGAUGAACACGCCCCAGACCAGCACGCCAGCAGCAGUUAACAGUGCAGCCUCAGCCAGCAACACAGCCGUCCAGCCCUCCCAAUCCCCAGCCACCCCUCGCUUCUCCGUGCCCACCCCUCGCACUCCCCGCACUCCCCGCACGCCCAGGGGAGGGGGGGCCGCCAGCGGGCAGGGGUCAGUCAAGUACGACGGGACAGAUCUGUGCUCCCCAGCUUCCACUCCCUCCACUAGCCGACCGCUCAGCUCUGUAGAGCCCUCGGCGCCGGCCCCUCUGCCUGAGGCACACAGCCUGUACGUGGUGCUCAUCCUGUCCGACUCUGUGCUCAACAUCUUCAAGGACCGCAACUUCGACAGCUGCUGCAUCUGCGCCUGUAACAUGAACGUGAAGGGGGCCGACGUGGGGCUGUACAUCCCUGACUCCACACGGGAAGACCAGUACCGCUGCAUGUGCGGCUUCAGUGCCAUCGUCAACCGCCGCCUCGCUCACGCCGCGGGCCUCUUCCUGGAAGACGAGCUGGAUAUCUUCGGCCGGGGCUCGGAGAUGGGCCAGGCGGCUGAGCGGAGACUGGCACUGUGCCGCAGGACCUCCCCACUCGGAGACCCCACCAGCAAGUGCCUUCAAGACCCCCCCGCUGCUCUGCUGGUGCUGCUGCAGGAGCAGUGCUCCCAGCCCCUCUCCUCCCUCAGCUCCCUGGACCUCCCCGCCACCUGCUCCUGCCCCGGCCGCCAGGGGGCUCUCUCGCAGAGCUGGGCUGCUGAGAAGCUGUGGGCGGACGGGAGUGACUCUUGUGUGGAAUGUUUUAAUGCGCUGGAGCAGGGGCAGCAGUAUGUGGAUAACCCGGCUGGGGGCAAAGUGAACCAGGCCCUUGUGAGGAGCAGCGCUUUGCAUGACUGGCCACAUAACAGCGUGCUGGAUGUCAGCACGCUGUUUUCGCAGGACGUGGUGCGCAUGCUGUUGUCCCUGCAGCCCUUCCUGCAGGACGCCAUCCAGAAGAAAAGGACCGGCCGGACCUGGGAGAACAUCCAGCACGUGCAGGGCCCGCUCACCUGGCAGCAGUUCCACAAGAUGGCCGGCCGCGGCUCCUACGGUUCGGAGGAGUCCCCGGAGCCUCUCCCUAUCCCCACUCUGCUGGUGGGCUAUGACCAGGACUUCCUGGCUCUGUCCCCCCUGGCCCUGCCCUUCUGGGAGAAGCUGCUGCUGGAGCCGUAUGGGGGCCAGAGAGACACCGCCUUCCUGGUGGUGUGUCCUGACAGCGAGGCCCUGAUCAGCGGAGCCAAGAGCUUCUUCAGGGACCUGAGCUCUGUCUACGAGGCCUGUCGGUUGGGGCAGCACCGCCCCCUUGCCAGGGUGUCCCGGGAUGGUCUGGUGCGUGUGGGCUCCCUGUCCCCCCAGCGCCUGGAGGAGGAGCCGGUGGAUGAGUGGUUCAGUAAACCCUGGGGGAGCAAUGGCGAUGAGGACAACCUGACCAAACUGCGGCUCUACGCACACACCUGCAGACACCAGCUGGCACCUCAGCUUGCAGCGCUGUCACUAGACAGCACCCUGCUCCUGCCUCCCAAACCUCAGCCCCCAACAGCGCCCCCUACAGGCCAGUCCACGCCAAGCUCCCUGCCACCCGCACCAUUGCCCACAGGACAUACUCCCACCCCUACCCCCACAGCCCCAGCGUCCCAGCCCGCCCCACCUCCCUCAGGCUCCACUGCAGGGCAGACGGGGACCGAGCGCCACCAAGAGAACUCCCUGAACACAGAGGCUGAGAAUGGGCAGAGCUUGGCUCCACCAGCAACAGGGCAACACGAGAGCCAGGAGAGCUCUGCAGAGAGGGAGCGAAUCGGAAUCCCCACGGAGCCGGAGUCGGCAGACAGCCACGCCCACCCGCCGUCGAUCGUGGUUUACGUGGUGGACCCCUUCCAGAGCGAGGCUGCCGAGGAGGCGGAGCCUGGCAGUGUGUGGCUGCUGGGACUGCUGCGCUGCUACACUGACAUCCUGCAGAGCCUGCCUGACACCUUGAAGCCAGCCCUAGUACUGCAGCUGGUGCCCUGCAAGUACCUGCUUCAGCCUGUGAAGGAUGAGCGCUCCCACUACAUCCAGCACCUGCGAUCGCUGGCCUUCUCUACCUACUCACAGUGCCGGCGCCUGCUCCCCACGCAGAUACACAUCAAGAGCCUCACCGGCUUCGGACCCGCCGCCACCAUCGACACCGUGCUCAAGAACACAGAGCGGCCCAGUCCUCUGCAGCUGUACUCUCCCCCCUUCGUGCUGGGACCCAUGAGGAACCGGCAGCUGGAGAUGGGGGAGGCAGCGGGGGAGGCUGCCCAGCGCUACAGUGUUCUCUUGGUGGGGUACUGCUUGUCCCACGACCAGCGCUGGCUGCUUGUUUCCUGCACAGACCUGCACGGGGAUCUACUGGAGACCUGCGUCAUCAACAUCGACGUGCCAAACCGGGCUCGCAGGACGAAGGUUUCUGCCAGGAAGAUGGGCCUGCAGAAGGUCUGGGAGUGGUGUGUGGGCAUCAUCCAGAUGACAUCACAGCCAUGGAGGAUAGUGAUUGGCCGGUUGGGGCGUCUGGGUCAUGGAGAACUUAAGGACUGGAGUAUCCUCCUGGGAGAGUGCUCUCUUCAGUCCAUCAGUCGGCAGCUCAAAGAGACGUGUCGGAUGUGUGGGAUCUCAGCCUGCGACUCCCCCUCUAUCCUCAGUGCCUGCCUGGUCGCCAUGGAGCCCCAGGGAUCCUUUGUCGUGAUGCCAGACGCAGUGACCAUGGGCUCUGUGUUCGGCCGCAGCACUGCCCUCAACCUGCAGACCUCUCAGCUCAACACCCCACAGGACGCCUCUUGCACACACAUCCUGGUCUUCCCCACUUCCGCCACAACCCAGGUGGCACCCGGGACCUACCCCAUAGAAGACAACCAAGAUGACAUGUUUGACAUCCCGUUCCCGGACGAGCUGGAGAACGACAUUGGGAAUGACAUGAUGCUGAUCACCUCCUC